AUGGCUACCAUCCCUGAGCAAGCAUCGAAAGCGAGUGGUGACUGGUCUCGAUUGUUGGUAGAUAAAGUUGUAUUUGUUACUGGUGCUGGUGGAGCUAUAGGUUCAACAAUUGCACAAACAUGUGCAUUACAUGGUGCACGUGUCGUAGUUGCCGAUGUUAACAAAAAUACAGCUGAUGAAACUGUAACAAAAAUGAUUAAUGAAGAUGCGAACAAAAAAGAUUAUAUGAUGUCUAUUGAACUUGAUGUAACUAAUGAACAAUCAAUUCAAAAUGCUGUCAAAUCUGUUGUAGAUAAAUGGAAUACAAUUGAUAUACUUGUUAAUAAUGCUGCUAUUUUUACAUUUGGUGCUGUUGAAAAUGUAACAGCAGAGGCAUGGUCAAGAAUAUUAGAUGUUAAUGUACGUGGUUAUGCUUUAAUGGCUAAAGCUAUUGUUCCUCUAAUGAAAAAACAAAAAUCAGGUUCAAUUAUACAAAUAGCUAGUAUUAGUAGUUGGGUUGCUCAACCUGAAUUUGUACCGUAUAGUACAACAAAAGGAGCUAUUUUACAAAUGACACGUAAUUUAGCACUUGAUUUAGGUCCAUUUAAUAUUCGAUGUAAUGCUAUUUGUCCUGGUGCUAUACUUACACCAGCUUCAUCUCAACAUGCAGUUAAUUUAAAUAUAUCAUUAGAUGAACUUAUUGCAACACAAGCGGAAAAACAAUGUUUAAAACGAUGGGGUACAACAGAAGAAAUAGCAAAUUUCACAGUUUUUUUAGCUUCGGAUUUAUGUCAUUUUGCUACAGGUGCUAGCUUUUUAGUUGAUGGAGGUUAUACAACUAUUUAG